UAACCGACCUUGGGGCACUUCGGACGCCGGCGUCAUGGAUCCGGUCAUAAUGCAGGAGCUGGCCCGCGCCGAGAGCCAGCAGGAUGCUGCGUCCCUGAAGAGGGCUUAUCAGUUGAUCAAGUCCGCCAACCUGGGGAAAUCAGAGUUUGACCCCACAGAAAGCUUCAGCCCCGACCUGUUUGUUUUGUGUGCAGAACAGGCCCUGAAGAUGGGGCAGCCCGAGGUGAGCGAGGACUGUAUCCGGAUGUACUUCAAGGUGAAGGGGCCGGUCACCCAGUUUCUGGGCCGAGCGCACCUGUGCAGGGCCCAGCUGUGUGCCCCCAAGUCCACCGAAAACAUGGAGGAAUUUGAAAAUUGCGUGACUCAGUAUAUGAAGGCAAUCAACUUUGCAAAAGGAGAACCAAGGUAUUACUUCCUGGUGUAUAACGCGUCGGUCCUCUACUGGCGAAUGGCGAGGCCAUUUCUCAAGCCUGGGUAUCAUCACCACCUGAUCCCCAGCCUCUCGCAAAUCGUGAGCGUGUUGAAUGAGACUGAGGAGGAGGACAAGGGCUGGCGGGCAGAGCUGAUGCUGGAGCUUCUGGAGUGUUAUCUACAAGCUGGAAAACACGAGGAGGCCGCGAAAUUUUGUGCCACCGCAGCACCGUUCAUCAAGGCUAACGCGCCACAGAAAUACCGACAAAUAUUUGCUCUCAUGGUCCGACAUGAAUUAAUGGAUGAGCUUCAGUUAAAGGAAGAAAAGAGGAGUUCUACUAGCCUGUCUGUCACUUUCCAGAUUAAUAUGCUAAAAGCAAAACUGGAUAAAAAUGAUUUAUCUGAAGAUAUCAACAGAAUUCUGAAGGAUACCUAUAAAUGUUUAAGUUAUUACAAUCACCAGCACUUUCCUUCGAUCAGAGAGGAAAAAAUUCUUUUGCUUUUUGAAUUAGCUCAUCUUUCUCUGAUCUUGAAGUGUGGGGAGAUCGCCUCUGACUGCCUCUCAGACUUGAAGAAGAUGGACAGCAAAGAUCCUGGGAAGCUAAUUGAAAUCGAAUGCCUGGAGUAUGAAUUGGAAGCUGUAAGACUUGCAAAUAAAAUUAAAAUCUACACCCGAGAGGCUGUAGAGACCCAGCUGAAUAUAGUACGGAGACUGGACACGGUGCUCCAGCGAGCUGUGCGCCUGGGCGACCCGCGGGUCAUCCACGUGGUGUGCGCCACGCAGUGGGACACAUGCCUCCCGCUGCUGCAGCACGACCUGCGGCACCAUCUGCGGAAGUCGCUGACCGCCAUCGCGGAGGUCCUGGAGAAGGUGGACAGCCUCAUGGUCCUGUUCCGUUGCCAAGUGCACAUGGAGAUGGCGUACAUUGAGGAGGAUGAGGGCCGGCUGGAGGCCGCCAUGGCGCACCUGAAGAAGGCCAUGCUCCUGGACACCCUGGGCCUCCACCAGGACAAGCUCAAGAUGGCCUUCAACCGCCUGCAGCUCUGCGCCACUCUGUACCAGGUCCCCGAGCGCGCCGAGGACAAGGCCACCUUGGCCAUUGAGCAGGCGAAGAAGGCGAUGCCCGAGGACGGUGUGCGCAAGAAGCGGGCGCUGCUGGUGAACGCGGGCCUGGCCCUGGCCCCUGACACCUUCCAGAUCGUGCUCGACAGCGAGAACGAGGCCAGAGUUUCCACCGGGAAAAAGCGGGGCCGCUUCACCCACCUGUAUGCGAAGGCGCGGCACCACUCCCUCAGCGUGGACGAGGCCGCGGGGCACGUGCGGCGCCUGCGGGGCCGGAACGACAAGGAGAGGGUACAGAUCUGGGCCGAGAUGGCCACGGUGGCCCGGAAGCAGGGCGUGUGGGACGUGUGCCGGACGGCCAGCCGCUUCUGCCUCGUGUAUGACGUCGGCAAGGUGCAGCGGCAAGCGAGGCUCAAGCGAGGGAAGAAGAAAAAGGGCGAGGAUGGCGCGGGGCAGGACUCCUCGGGCCAGUCGGACGCCACCCUGCAGAGGCAGGCGUCCCCCAGCCUGCUGCGCAAGUUCGCGGAGGUGGGGUUCAUCAACGCCGAGGCCACCGUCCACCUGCUGCGAUCGGAGGGUGUGCAGCUAAAUGACCGUCCCACACCCCCCAACGACCUGAGUCAGCACCCGGUGGGCUACACGCCCGAGUCCCCAGAGGACAACGCCGAGUGGAUCACGUACCGGACCUGGAUAGAGGGCCUGUCGCAGCACGCCAUGAACAGCUGGCUGCGCUCGGCUGACAUCGGGCAGAAGCUGCAGGAGGCGUGGAUCGUGCAGAACGCCGUGGUCUACGUCCUGAAUCAUAACCAGCACCUCCUCACAGCUGGGCGGCAGAGGGAGCUCGUGGAUGCCUUGUACCACCUCCUGGGCACCGUCAAGGCCGUGGGCCACAGCGGAGACUUGGUACUGCUGGCAAUGCUCUGCAGCACCCUGGCGCGAGGCCUGAUCGUCGCCUGGAUCCCAGCCCCGCCGCUGGAGAAGUCUAGAAGACAAGCACGCGCACACCCACUUCACACGCCGCUGGACCCCGAGGCUGCCUCUGAAGUCAGGACCGCAGUGGAGGUCUGCGAGUUCGCCCUGAGCCUGACCAGCGGGACGGUGCCUGAGGAGGCGGUGCCCGUCAGCGCCCGGCAGCAGCUCGUUGCCACGUGGGUGAAGGCCAAGCAGCUGCUGCAGCAGCAGAUCGGGCCGCGCCUGGGCACGGACGAGCAGAGCACCAACGAGGACGUCAACUCGGUGACCAGAGUCCUCGUUGCUCUGGAGAUGUACUCCUGCAACGGGCUGGGCCUCAUGGACUUCACUGUGCCCCCCUUGGCUCAGCUGGUGAAGAUGGCCUCGGAGUGCAGCUGGUCGGAUCCCCUUGUGGAGGUGCAGACCCUGACGCGGCUGGCCCACUUCACCUACGUGGCCCGGGACCACGAGGCCACCGUGGCCUGCUCGCAGAAGGCCAUCCAGAUAGGCAUGAAGCACCUGCAGGCCUGCAGUCCGGUGGAGGCUGAGCUGGUGGCGGAGGUGCUGAGCGCCGCAGCCUGCAUCCAGGGCAGGAGCAUCGUGGACGACCUCAAGGGCCGGAAGCAGCUGCGCCUGACGGCCGCCGAGGCCUUCACAGAGAGUGCGAGGUUUGGGGGCCUCGCGGGGAGCAGCGCCCUGGUCAUGCUGGCCGCCCGACACUUCUGGAACACCUGGCUCCCGCUGCUGCCCUCUGCCGUCAGCAGGAAGAAGUGCAAGAGUGCCACUCGGAGGGUCAUCAACAUCAUCAACGAGACGGAGGCCAGAAAGCAGGAAAAAGGAGAGACGCUGCUUCUGCACCAGUGGCCCACAGCCGACUUCCAAAGUGGAGGGACAACGGAAGGGUGUUUUCUCUCAGGGGCCGAGGAUGACCUGACGCUGAGGGCCGCGCUCUACGGCCUGCUCUUCCACAGCCACGCCGACCAGGACGACUGGGAGGGCUGCCUCAAGGUGCUGGAUGAGGCCCUGCAGGUGCUGCCGCGGACGGCACACCGCCUCUUGAUUUUCAAACAUAUGGUCAUCGUGAAGGCCAAACUCGGCCAGAACUUUAUGAUGGAAAUUCAGAAAUUCAAAGACCAGAGUGAGGAGUAUCUGGCACACAUGUGGCAGCGCCUGGCCCUCAACUCCAACAGUGUCCCCGGGGAGCUGACCUGCUACCACCACGCCAUCCAGGCCCUGCAGAAGCCAGAGAGUGAGUGGCAGAAGGUCGACUACAUCAUGGAAUUCAGCGAGUGGCUGUACCACAAACAGUUUCCUCUUGAAGACGUGAUCUUCCACCUGAAGUGGGCGAUCGACAUCCUGCUGAGGAUGCAGCCCGACAGGGGCUCCCCUGAGCCGGCAGAAGAGCAGAUGUCCACUCCGGCGGCCCCGGAGGGCCCGGGGGCCGAGGACUCGGGGCCCCCCUCCCUGGAGAAGCUUCGGAAUGUACGGCAGCUUGAGACGCUGGCCCGCGCCUACACGCUGCUGGCCCUGGUGGUGACCCCGAGCGCCGCCUGCCACCAGGACUACUGCCUCAUGGCCUACACCUUUCUCCGCCGCAUCUGGCAGGUUUCUUUAUUAACAGCAGGAAAGUCAAUUUCAGAAAGUAGAAUUCCAGCAGCAGCGAGUUCACAUUCGUUGUUGCUUCAAAAGGAGAAGGAGAAGAGCAAAGACAGAGAAAAAGACAAGGACAGAGAGAAGGACAAGGGCAGAGAGAAGGACAAGGGCAGGGACACGAAGCAGUUUCAAAGCCCCACUCCUGGCAAACGCCUUGAAGACGUACCAGCAAGCAUAGAAGAGUGGGCUUCCUACGCUUGCCCCGAAGAAGCCAUAGCAGUAUUUAAACAGGAUCAGAGCAACUUUGCCGUCAACCCGUCAACUCUCCAGAAGCCGACGUACAGUUUAUACUAUCUGGACCACUUGGUCGAGGCCCUGCAGAAGGUGUUCCUUCACGAGCUCACCAUCCCGGUCCUGCAGCUGGGGGCACUCAUUGCAGCCUCCGUGGUCGAGAGCAAGAGCCUCAAGGACCUCUACCACCUCCGACUUGCCCUGGUUUGUUCUGAUCUGAAGUUGAGGGAAGCAGCCGCUUUCCACGAGGAGGUGGUUGGGCACGCCUACAUCUGCGCAGUGGAGCAGGCGAGCUGCAGAAAAGAAUUUGCCUUGAAAAAGGAGAAAAAUAAGGAACCUCUAUUAGAAGAAAGUCUGCCAACACUGAGCGAGCCCCCCACUCCAGCCCAGCAAGCAGAGAUGAAGCCCCUCGUAGCAAAGGAUAAGACUUUGAAGAUAGACGGAGAGACCGGCAGGGGCCUGGAUGGAAUGUCCUUCCCGCAGUUGUGGACCCUCAAGGCUGAAGUCCUGCUGGAGAUGGACCUGUACCAGCCUGCGCGGCUGCUCCUGUCAGAGGCGUACCUGGCCUUCCAGGAGCUCGACGAUCCUUGUGCAGAAUCGAAAUGCCUGCACCUGUUGGCACGGUUGGCAAAUAAGGAAAAGAAGUACGGGCAAGCUAGGAAGAUGAUCGAGAGGGCCCAGCGCCUGGGGGGGAGUGAGCAGUUCUGGUACGAUUCCACCCUGACCCUGGCGGACACGCUCCUGUCCACUGAGAACGAGAGGAGAGAGGCAGUGGUCUGCCAGCUGUUCCAGAAGCUCAUAGAUACCUUCAACGUUCUUAAGAAGGAGAGACCGAACCGAAUGCCCAUAUUGGAAUUCAUGACCACAGACCUAGAAGCCAGGUGUGUGAGCCUCCAGAUCAAAGCCAUCCUGGAGCCAGUGGGCUGUGAGCCCCUCCAGAACUCGUUUCUGCUGAUGGAAAUGGAUGAUCGCUUGUCAGAAAUUGAGGAAAAGUUUACCAACAUUGGCCACAAGGAGAAGUGUGUGGACAUCAAGCUGGAGCGCGCCAAAAUGAAGAGGUUAUCUGCCCAAAAUGAGAAAGAUGAAGAACGGAAAACUGCAUGUUACUUGGAAGCAUACGACCUGGUCCAGAGAGCUGCUGCCGAAGAGGAAGAGCAAUUUCACCGUAUUCAGGGCUUACUGUCCCUUCAGGGUUUGCAGAAUGUCGGCACCCCUAGGAUGAGGAGGCUGGCGCAUCUCAAGCUCAGCCUCGUGGAGGUGUGUCUGGACACGCUCCAGCUCACCUGGGAGGAGACGCUGGAGCGGCAGCUGGAGCGGGGCUCUGUGCACAAGCUGCUGGCCGACUACCUGCACAGCCCCAGCGACUACACUUCUGUCGGCCUGAAGUGGUUCACCCUGAAGCGGACCCUGGCGCACACUGUGCUGGCCCAGCUGGGGAGCUUGCAGCCACUGUGCGCCGGCUGCGUGGAGCUCCGCGCCCAGCUCCUGGGCCUGGCCGGGAAGGCCCUGCACCUGUUGGCCGUGCACGCAGACCCCCUGCGCCCCGCCUUCUACUGGGAGGAGAGCCUCUUGGGGGGCACUGAGCUGAGCAGCCUCAAGUGUCUGGAGGUCAUCCAGGAGGAUGAGGAGCGCGAGGGGCCCUACGGCGACCUGCUGGCCUUCAGGGCCACCCCCGAGGAGCACGGCGGGAAAGGCUGGGAUCUGAAGAGGAGGAUGGCGCUGGCCCGGCGGUACCUGGCCCAGGCGUCCGAGGUGCUGCUGCAGUGCCUGCAGGUAGCCCUGGGCAGCAACCUCCUGGACAUCGCCGCAGCCGCCAGCCUGGAGAUGGUGGGGUGUGUCGGCACCCUGGACCCCGCGACCACCUGCCAGUUCCUGGCGCUGUCUCAGAGCUGCUCGGCCUCGGAGGGGAUGCGAGAUGUCCUGCUCACGGCCACGGCCAGCACCAGCAGCUCCCAGCUGGCCGCGCUGCUGCAGCUCCGGCACAGGCUGAGGCGCCAGGAGAGGACGUCCACCAGCCUGUUUGCCAGCGUGGAGCAGAGACUGGCCGCCACAUCCAAGGCUUGGCAGAAUCUCCGGGUCACCGAAGAGCAUUUUAACUUCUUGAGUGAAAUCCCUCCCACUUUUCGGAUCCUCUUUCUGCACCACUCACGGGACAGGACCCAUCUGUACGGCGCUGCCUAUGAGAAACCCAAGCUCAUCCCUGCAGCCAAAGGCAAAGCGCUCCAGGUCGGGGGCUCCUGCAAGGUGGCUCGGGUGGCCGUGAGCCCGGCCGCCUUCUCCUCCCUGUUGGCCAGUGCCCGGCGGUUCCGGGAGCACGCCCAGGCCGAGGCGCACAGUGAGGACACGGCCCCGGGCCCAGGCUUGGAGUCAGAAGGCGUGCCCCUGAGAAGGGAAGAACACUCUCUGCAGAGGUUCGCGGAGGUCAUGAAGCCCAUGGAGGAGUAUCUGAGGCCGCUCUUCCCGCUGCUUAGCUGCCCCCCGGAAGCCAGAGCACCAAUUCCCACAGUUGUUGGGGAUUUGGGAAAAUACAAGGGCAGAGACAAGGAGAGGAAAGUGUCCCUGCCGCAGGUGCAGCCCGAGGUCGCAGACGACGUCAUCCUGAUCGCUGACAGGCAUCUUCUGGAGCUGCCGUUAGAAGGUCUCUCUGUGUUCGAUGAAGGGAUGGUCUCCUCCGUGUCACGGGAGUUUUCCCUCCAGAUGCUGUGGAACCGCCUGCAUAGAAAGGAGACGGAAGGGAGCGUGAAAAAGGAGAGCAGAGGUAAAGAUCACGGAAAGAGAGGCUUAGCAAAGAAGGGAGCAAAGGGCACCGUGUCCCGGAUCAUCCCGCCGCACUGCAUCACGGUCGAUGCGGACAACUUCAGAUUCGCUGUGGACCCCUACGAGGAGGCCCGGGGCCCAGAAAUGCUGACUCCUGUCUCCGUGACCCGGGAAAUUUUGGAAAGAUUCCGAGACACGUUCACUGCGAGAUGGGCGGGGCAUCUGGGGAACAAGCAGUUUCCCAGCCAGGCCGAGUGGGAGCAGCUCCUGGGCAGCUGUGGAGGCUUUUUCUUCUACGGGAUGGAGAGCUUCCUGUCCCACAUAUUGGUAGAAAGGUUGGCCGCCAUGAACUUAGAAGAGUGCCAGAUGGUGGUCCUGCUGGACCUGGCGCGGUCCUACGAGAGCAUGCGGCGCCACGUGGAGUCCUCGGAGAACAAGAGUGCACGCCAACUGUCCUUGGAGGGGCCCAUCGAGACGGCCAUCCUCCUGAGUCUGGUGGGGGUCAGGAGCAUCGUGGCGAACCAGUGGCCGACGGUCCUGCAGGACAACGCGAUGCGGGCCAGCGUCCUAUGGGAAAAUCUGUUGACAAAUGGCAAGCCGAUCGGGAGAACGACCCGCCUCCUUCAGAAGAGAGGAACCAGUGAAACUGUCAACCACGGUGAGUCUCUGCAGACCUGGGAGGCCAGGCUGGCGCUCUUCCGGCCACAGCCGCGGGGCUCGGAGCGGCGCCCCGUCGCCCUCAACCUGGUCCUCUACGGGCUGCCGCACCAGACCAUCGUGUGAGGGGCCGCGCCUCCCCACGGCCCGUC